AUGCUGAAAAAAUGUUUGAAUUUGUGUACAUUUCCAAAUUGUUACAUUUCAAAUGUGAUUGAUCAACUACUAAUCAGAUCUAAACUUAAUAAUAACCAAUGUUAUCAACUCCAGUACUCAACUACACCUGUUCAGAAUGUUGUAAACAAUUCUGCUGAACUGACAACUGAUAAAUCUCCAUAUCCAAAAUAUCUGUCUUGGACAGAUCCACAUGAAUUGGCUCACUAUCUUAGUCAGCGUAUUGUAGCUUUAACUAAACAUUUUGUUGUGAUUGAUAAACCACCUAAUCUUUCUGUUUGGGGUCACUCACUAGCCAGCCGUGAAGCUAUUUCAAUGAUUAAUCCUAAAUUAUACAAUGCAUCAGAUCUUGGUAUAAAUGAUUGUUUACCACAAUUAAACACUAUAAUCACAUCGUUGGAACGGGAACAACAGGAUACUCAUAAUGAUAAUUCAUCGAAUUCAUGUGGAUCUAUUGAAAUUCCUAAAUUGUAUAUCAUUGAAUCUUUGCCAGCUGCUUAUUCCGGUCUCAUUUUAUUGGGUAGAAAUGAAAAAUAUACUAAUGCUGCUCGUAAAUUUUAUAAAACUGCGAUGCUUGGAGGUAGUCCUUGGGAACUAUAUCAAAAACUCCUAAUUGUUUGUUGGGGUAAACCACAACAAAUUCAGUCAAAACCAACAUCAUUUCCGAUUGCUGCUUAUGCAUUACAUGAUCAUCUGCGUGUCGGUUAUAGACCACCUCCAAAUGAAAUUUCGAAAAGUUUAAAAUUGAAAGGUGUUAUUCUAGAAAAAUCUGUUCACCAUACAAUUCUUUCCGAAGGUUCUGAGAAUUCCAGUCUUGUCAAACUUGAAACAAACAGUCUAUAUCGUGGUUUACCUGAAGUCUACUUAUUAUAUGAAGGUUGCACUGUUGUCGGAGAAACAUUUCAAGCUUCACGUCUUGUGAACACUGGGAUAUCACCUAUUGUCUUACCGCCUAAUAAAAUUCGCUUAAACUAUUCUAUACCACUAAAACAACGUCGAAUUCUUGGUCAAUCCAAUAUUAAUUUCGAAGAUAUACCAGUUCAUAUUCAUCGUUCCCAUUUAUAUCUACCUAUACCAUUUUAUAUGAAUGCCUCAAAUUUAUGUAUAAAAUCAUAUGUUAAAAAGCCUUCACAUCUUUUUAAAAUCAAAUCUGAAAGUUUUUCUUUAAAAUCUUGUAAUAUAUCAUCAAAACCUAGUCCCUUAUCAUUAUCAUGUGUUAAGCAGGAAGUCGACAGUGAUACAAUACCGACAACAAAGACAACAACCAGUAAUAAUAGUAAUAAUAAUCGUACAAUUAAUUAUUACUUCCUAACGUGUCAUUCAUAUGAAUUGCCUGAUUAUUUUUCUAAUACUUUAGCUCGUCUUGGAAUUGAAUUUGAUUACGCUAAUUGUAUCAGUAAUUUAUUAGAAAUUAUGUAUGGUAUAUUAUUAGAAGCUGCUAAACAUUAUAUUAUAGACAAUUAUGGUGAAAAUACAUGGAUAUGGUUAUGUAAAAAAUCUACUGGUAAAGAAUUUGAUAUUGACACUAAAAAAAUAUACCAUGACAACUUGAUGGCAAGAAUUGCCACAAUAUUAGGUGAUAAAAUAUUCACAGAUAAAGAUACAAUUCUUUUUGGGAUUGGACGUUAUACCAUACAAUAUUUAAUUAGAAAUGGUUUUGAAAAACUACUUCGUGCAUCUGGUAAAACAUUCAAAGAUUUAUUAUUAAAUUUAAAUGAUCAUCAUAAAUAUUUACGUUAUAGUUAUCAUCGUAUUAAACCACCGACAUUUGUUAUCUUAUCUAGUACGUCAAGUUGUAUAAUGUUAGAAUAUACAACAACACGACCUGGUUAUAAUCAUUAUACAAAAGGACUAUUAUUUGAAGUAGCUAAAUACAUUUACCAACUACAUUUAAUUAUUAAAAUCAAUUCAGAAUCAAAUGAAGGUUCAUUAUAUCGAACUGUAUUUACAUUAGAAUUAUUUAUUGGUGAAAGUUUUAAAGAAUAUGCGAUUUGUAUGGUAAAGACUGGAUUAGAUACAAUGAAUAUGUUACCAAAAAUUUCAAAUAAAAUUUUUUUUGGAUUAUUACCAUUCCAUUUGUUAAUCGAUAAAAAUCUAAUGAUACAUAGUGCUGGACAACGAUUAUUAGAAUUUCAGCCAACUUUAAUCAAUACUAAGUUUCAAGAACAUUUUAUCAUCAUGUUACCAAUUGUGAAACCAUUAUUUGAACGGAUUAUGAUGUUUUCCUCUUCCACGUUUAAAAUUGGGCUAAAGAUUAAUAGAAAAUCGAAUGAGAGUCAAAAAUCAAUGUUAUAUAUUAAGGGUCAAAUGAUUUAUGUAAAAGAAUGGUCAAUGUUACUUUUUAUAGGGAAACCAAAUUUUUCAGAAAUUAAAUCUUUUAUCGACUUUGGACUAGAUUUACAAGACAUUAACUUAUAUGAUAUUAAAGUUGAGAAAAUGAUCUUAGGUGAUACAGUAUCUAAAAAUCUUUUAUUUUUAUUAGAAAAAGCAUACAAUUCAGUGACAAUAUGCUUCACUAAAGUGGUUAAUUUUUCUAAUUAUUCUAGUCGAAUGUGUCCACAUAAAAUUGUCGAUAUAUUAAAUCAAAUGUACACACUUUAUGAUUCAAUGACUGAAUCACAUAAUGUUUAUAAGAUUGAAACAAUUAAUGAUAGUUAUAUGCUAGUAUCCGGUGCUCCAAGUCCAUCAUCCUUUCAUUCAGCCCAUAUAAUUGAAAUGGCAUUAGAUAUUCUGGAAGUUACAAAACGACAUCUAUUUUGGCCUAGUGAAGCUUUUUUGGAUAAUUCGACAAGAACUCAAGAUGAACAAAAUAUACCACUACAAUUAUACAUUGGUUGUCAUACUGGUUCUAUUGUUGCUGGAAUUGUUGGAUUUAAAUCACCAAGAUAUUGUUUGUUUGGUGAUACAGUAAAUACUGCAAAUAGAAUGAUGAGUACUGGACUCCCAGAUACAGUUCAUAUUAGUUCGGACUUGGCGAAGAACCUUUUUGAAUAUCCUUAUAUUCUGGAAUAUCGAGGUGAACAAACAAUCAAAGGUAAAGGAAAAAUGACCACUUAUUUCGUUAAAAACCGUAAAGAAAACUUUACCAUGACUGAUACAACAACUGGAGAAGAGUUAAACUUCCGAAAAUUAUUAAAAGAAGAUAUUGACAAUCAUUGCAGACAAAUAGAUGAACUAAACUCUUUUAAUUCAGAAGUUUAUGGUUAUGAUAAUGGAGAUGAAUCGAGUUCGACUACGCCUUCUGAGGAUGAAACAGAUACAGAAGAAAUUCAAAAUAUUGAUAAAAAUGAAGAAAUACUUGACACUAUACUUAUUCAAAAUAAUAUCACCACUCAACUUUGUUUCAGCAAUAAUCAAAACGAACGUAAAUCACAGUCGGAAGAAAUGGAUUAUUUGCAAUCCAAAGAAAAUUUAACAAAAUCCAAGUCAGUAGAACAAAACAAUUUGAAAUAUACAAACAAACUAAUGAAUGAAGAUGAACAUGUAGAUUUAAUGAAGUCUUUUAAAUCGUCUAAAUCGGUAAUAUUUGAAGAUAUUGUAAACCCAUUAACGUUAGGAUUAACAGAAAUCGGUAUUGUUCAACCUGAAAAUCCACUUCAAUAUCUAGGCAACUGGUUGUGCAAAUUUUCACAAAAGUCUAUGAGUGAAGACUCAUGA